AUGACAUCCAACUCGGAGUAUGAGCGCACUCUAGUAGGCCAGGUUGGCCCUCAUUCUGACGUGGCCAACCUGGCCAAGGAUUCCAGCGUUCCCGUCAUCAAUGCUCUCUCGGACGAUUUCCACCCUCUACAGAUCAUCGCCGACUUUCUCACCAUCCAUGAAGCGUUCCCCUCAUCUUCGUCAACGGGGGGAAGCUUAGGCCUGGAAGGUCUCAAGAUCGCCUGGGUUGGUGACUCAAAUAAUGUCCUCUUCGACUUAGCGAUAGCAUGUGUCAAACUCGGUGUUGACAUCUCUGUUGCCUCACCCAGUGGCUACGGCAUCCCAACUGCCAUGAAGCAAUUCGUCCUCUCCGCGGCAUCUGACGUGAAGACACCUGGAUCGCUGACGGAGACCACCGUCCCUGAAGAAGCGAUCAAAGAUGCUGACAUCCUCGUAACGGACACGUGGGUGUCAAUGGGCCAAGAAGCAGAGGCCAAGAAGCGGCUGGAAGCUUUCGCUGGAUAUCAGAUCACGAAUGAGCUUGCAAAGAGGGGUGGAGCGAAGGCCGAUUGGAAGUUUAUGCACUGCCUGCCGAGGCAUCCUGAGGAAGUAGCAGAUGAAGUCUUCUACAGUGAUCGAUCUCUCGUCUUCCCAGAGGCCGAGAACCGCUUGUGGUCUGCAGUCGCUGCUUUGGAGGCGUUUGUGGUAAAGAAGGGAAAGAUCGUAUGA